GUUCAAGUUGAAGUCCAUUCUAGCAGCAGCGGGGCCGCCAGUGGUUCGGACGAAGACCUAUCGGUGUCCUCUUCCAAUUCCGGUGUCGAACGAAAACCACCCGAACCCAAUCGAACAAACCCCAAAACACAGCAUGAUCACGACUACGAAGACAUUUACUUGGUCCGAGAGGAGGCUCGCUAUGGCACGAAAACACGAAACGGAACCGGUCGAAGUAGGUCCAGGGACAGUGGUUCCCACAGCCGAUCGGCCAGUGCGAGCUCAAACCGAAGCAACGACAUCAUCAUGCAGCUUACCAAUCAGAAUGUAAGCAACAAGGAGCAAAUGUUAAUUAACAAACGAAACAAUCUGUACGAACAGCAGAAUAAAAACCGAUACGAUUCACCGAAGAACUACAAAACGACGAACCUUAGCAAGGCUAACAAAAAUGCCAGCCAUCAUCAGUCCAACCGUGAGUUGAGCCUAGCAUCAUCGCGCAAUGAUAACGCUUACGAAAGCGUUUGUUCGCCGGAAGAUACCCACGAGCGAACAAAGCUUGCCCAACGCCAUUCUCUGCCACAUGGUGGCGCUGUGGUGAGCGGUAAUGGCAACGCAAACGGUGGUAAGCAGGUGAAACGCAGUGGAUCGAUGAAAGGAAACGAGAGCAAAGAUGUGGGACCCCCACCGCCACCAUUGCCACCACCGUUGAAGGCCCCGUCGUCGUCAUCGUCAGCGUCAUCGGGGCAGCCGACUCACUACGGGCCCGGCAGUCAGACCAAGUCCGGCUCGAUGACGAACGGUAAUAAUUUCUAUCUGCACAAGCAUAUGAACAGCGGUGGCGUCGGUUCGCAGCAUAACGCGAUGAUUUUCAAUACCACGGGGGCCUCGUCCUCGGGUCCCUCGUCCGGUCAUCUGCAGCAGAACGCUCAGCAUGAUUACUACAACCAACUUCCGCAGCAGCAGCAACUAAUGCAGCAGAACGGAGAAGCUCCCGAUUCUGACUCAGGCCUUGAAGUGGUCGAAGAGUCUACGCUCAAGCCGUCGGAUUUAAUUCGUGGAAACCACAAUCGAAGCAUGUCCAUUAUAUCAGCGAACAAGAAAGCCAAACUCAUCACUGGCGGCGGCGGCGGCAACAGCAGCAGCAGCAACGGAAACGGUCUCGUGAGCCCCACGACCAGCAAUGGCAGCGCUGCAACCAAGACGGGAGCGAUAGUCGAUGAUCAGUACUACGGCCAGCAACAGCUCUACCAGUCGCGCUCGAACUCCGCUCUCUCGUCGUCCAGUCACGGUCCGAAUCUGGUGAACAAACAGCUCGUACUGCCAUUCGUCCCGCCGGCCUUCCCGAACGGAUCCGCCGACGGUUCCAACCACCUGAUCAAACCGUCCGAAUAUCUUAAGAGCAUCAGCGACAAACGGUCCAACGCUGGCUCCCAGAGAUCUUCCGACACCGAAGACUAUAUGCCAUUGAACGCAACCAUCACGGUACAGUCGGGACCGGAUCCGCCAAAGCCACCUCCGCCGCCACCCGCUCCACCGAUGUUGUUCCCACUCAACGGCGGCGGCACGAUCAACAGCAACGGCAGCAAAGCGAACGCCAAUAAAGACGGCAGUCAGACCGGAACGAACAAAAGCUCGAACGGCAACGUUCCACUGCCACCCCCGCCGCAGGAUUCGACGAUACGAAAGCAACAGCAGCCACUGUCGGCCAUAUCGAUUCAAGACUUGAACAGCGUACAGCUACGGCGCACCGACAAAAUGCUUUCGAAGACAUUUUCAGCGCCCACACGCAGCAUGAGCAUGCAGUGCCUUUCUUCCACCAACGAACAGUUCCUCUCGCAAAAGACCGACCUGAUUGCGGAACUUAAAAUGUCCAAGGACAUCGCCGGGGUAAAAAAGAUGAAAGUCGAACGAGCUAAACUGGAGGACAAGCAAGCCACCGAGGUGUAUUCGGAAGUCACCCGGCAAUUCACGGCGGCAAACUAUGUGGAUCAGAACCCCUUGUCUUCCGUCCCCCGUGUUGCGCUUAUCAAUUCAACUGAUAAGUUAUUACAGGUACCGGACCGAGACCACCAGGGAAAUCUCAUUCCCGACUGGAAGCGCCAGAUGCUCGCCAAGAAGGCGGCCGAGAAGGCGAAGAAAGAAUUCGAAGAUCGGUUGGCCCGGGAGGCCGAGGACCGCCGGCUGUCGGCGAUACCGAAAUGGAAGCGGGACCUGAUGGCUCGGAAGGAGGAGGCCGAAAAUAAGCUCAAAUCCUCGAUCUACACGCCUCGAGUAGAAGAAACUCAACGUCGCACGGACACAUGGCGUUCCCGUAUGUCCCAGCGGGCGAUGUCGAUCGACAACAUCAGUUUCACUUCGCAGCACGAAGAUUCCGUAGGGUCUCGAUUCAAUAAGGAAAACAACCUCAACAAUCAACACAACGGAAAUGGUAGCCAUCAGAAUGGUACCAGCAACGGUCAUCACGCCAAUGGAGGCAGUAAUCACAGCAAUAGCAGUAGCAACACCAACAUCAACGGCAGUGGUAGCCACCAACAUAGCACACGUAGCUCAAUGGAGAACAUCAAUAAUAAGAACGAUUACCAUCAUCAUAGCUCGAACCAGAAUGGUAACGACGAUGACGAUGACAGUGAACAAAUAAUCCCUUGGCGGGCUCAUCUGCGGAAAACCAACAGUCGUCUAAGCUUGAUCGGUUGAAGCAAAGUACUGUACUCCUUGGCUGAUGCCUAGAACUAGCUUGUUGUAUAAAGAUUUAACAAGAAUACUAUGAACGCAUAAUAUAUUUUAGCUUAGUUCCGUAUAGCAGAAAACUGCAAACAUCACUAAUUUUAUCUUUCGAUUACAUUAUUUAAUUUCGAGAAUACUGCUUAUGAACAAAAAUGACCAACCUGAAACCACGGGCUUAACAUGUAAACAUAAAUCAAAGAUUUCGUUGCAAUAUUACACUAAGGUUACUGUUAAUUCAAGUAGCGACGAAUAAAAUGGAGAUGUGGUACGGAUGAUACUUAACCUAUGUUAAAUAUGUAAUUCGGACAUGACGUGAAACUGCAUUGUGAUCAUUGUUAUAAAUUCCUACAACAAAAAAUAUGUAGAUCCACUAUCUUAUCUAUCGAACAAAUAAAGAACAGAAGUAUUGUCAAUGCGAACUAUCCCGUUAUGAGGAUUCUCUGAGUUUCAAUUUUGCUCACAUGAUCACCCUGGAAGUAACCUUUUCUGAAAAAAAAAAAUAAACAUAGUAAAUCUGUUACGGAUAUUAAAUAUAAAGCAGUUUAAGAACCCCAUAUGCUUAUUUCGAAGCAAACAUACAUACCAUUAACCGUGGAAACGAAUUAUCAUUUAGCAAACAAAUUGUAUAUCUCAAACACACAUACGCGCAACCUACGCAAUAUUCAACGUAUUAAAAUUGUAACGGGAUUGACACGAUAUUCCAUUUUAGAGCUACAUAGGCAUAAAUUUCAUUUUCGUUGAAUAGUUAUAAUAAACGUUUAUCAAAUAGA